UUGUGGUUUGGCCUUUCCAUCGAAUUGGAAGUCCGAUAUAUUCACUCUACGAAAGUGCGUUCCCAGCCACAUUCGCAUCUCUUUUUUUUUAUUCUCUACAACUCGUCUCAUUUCACCAUGAAUUCUUGGAAAUUACCUGGAACAAAGAAACAUAAGGAGCAGCCUGCUAGUGCACCAAGCCCCAAUGCCGUCAACCCAUCGGUUUCUAGCUCUGGUCUGAAGAGCGUUUCUCCUGCCAUCUCAACACCGCCAGCACCCUCUGCAUCUCCAGCUUCAUCUAUAUCACAAUCUUCACAAUCGCCGAAGGGAGGAGUUCUUAUGAUUCGUGUCUGCGAAGCACGCGGCAUUUCAUUACCUCCAGGAAUACAGCUACCUCCUAUUCCACAGACACACGUUGCUGCAAAUAGAAACCGAGACUCUCUUACUCGCAAGCAGCAAUGGUGGUUACCCUACGUUGUUCUAGAAUUUGACAAAAACGAAAUUGUGAUAGAUGCUCUUGGGGGUGAUACCUAUAACCCCAUUUUCCAAUAUCGCGCUCACUUUGACGUUUCGCGGGAUUCUGAAGUUUCAAUAUCCAUCUAUCUCCGUCAUCCACCAAGUGGACCAGCUUCAAAAGCCCAGGUUACAAACGAUUUUUUCCUAGGAGCUGUUAAGAUUCAACCAAAUCUUGAGUCUACGAAACUAGACGAUCAAAUUCUAAAUGUCGUGGGAGGUACGGGUGCGAUGGCCGUUCAACUUUGCUAUAAACCACAGCAACAAAAUUCCCCGAUUGCGUUCGACCAUUUUGACUUGCUUAAAGUGAUUGGAAAAGGAAGUUUUGGAAAGGUAUAUGUCGUUCGAAAGAAAGAUACAAACCGUAUCUAUGCAAUGAAGGUCAUUCGAAAAGCCCUCAUUAUUUCAAGAUCGGAAGUCACACAUACUUUGGCUGAGAAGACAGUACUUGCCAAGAUCAGGAACCCGUUCAUUGUUCCUCUGAAAUUUGCCUUCCAGAGCCCUGAUAAGCUGUAUCUUGUGCUUGCCUUUGUCAAUGGUGGAGAACUUUUCCACCACCUUCAGGUUGAAGGCAGAUUUAACGAAGAUCGUGCUCGAUUCUAUACUGCAGAAUUGCUGUGUGCACUAGAAUGCUUGCAUGGGUUUGAUGUAGUCUACCGUGACUUGAAGCCCGAAAACAUCUUGAUCGAUUAUAAUGGUCACAUUGCCUUGUGCGAUUUCGGCCUGUGUAAGUUGAACAUGACAGAAACAGAAACCACCAAUACUUUUUGUGGUACCCCCGAGUAUCUUGCACCAGAACUGUUGUUAGGACAUGGCUACACUAAGACUGUCGAUUGGUGGACUUUGGGUGUCUUGCUUUAUGAGAUGUUGACUGGUCUUCCACCUUUCUAUGAUGAAAACACAAAUGAGAUGUAUCGCAAAAUUUUACAAGAUGAGCUGCGAUUCCCUGACGAGGUUUCUGAAAGUGCGCGGGAUUUACUUAGAGGCCUUUUGAAUCGGGAUCCAAAUGAACGAUUGGGCAACUUUGGCACACAACACAUCAAGAACCAUCCUUUCUUUGCUAGUAUGGAUUGGCGCAAGUUGAUGGCCAAGAAGGUGCAGCCUCCAUUCAAACCAUCAGUCGAAAGUGCAUAUGACACAAGCAACUUUGAUGAAGAAUUCACCUCCGAAUUACCACAAGACUCCGUUGUCGACGAGUCACAGAUUUCGAAAACUCUGCAGGAGCAAUUCGCUGGUUUCACCUAUAAUCCAGCGAGUGAUGGUGUCAUGAGUGAAAGUUUAGGAGGUGGUGGAGUCAGUGUCGGUGGAAACUCGCAAGCAAGUGGACCAAGAUGGUAGACAAUCAUUUACAUAAAAAAAUCAGAAAACAAUAUAUUGAAGGAAAUCCACCAUAAUAUAUACCAAAAAAAAAAAAAACAACAAACCUUGUACCAUUUUGUCUCUUUA